GAGUAGCCUAAUUGGUUGGCGACUAGCUUGAUACCCUUCGAAGACAACACUUCCUCCGACCAACCCUCAACUCGCAAUCGACCUCGCUAUCAGUCGCCAUGUCGGUCGCGUCUGCGCGCACCUCCGUGCAAGCCUGAUUGACCCAUCUGCACCUUCUCGGAAGUGCAUGCGCGCACAGUACGCGUGUACUUUGUCACUGUCUCUAGCAGCGCCCGUGAGACCGGCGACCUCCUUUGCGCGUCACUGCCCUGCCCUGCAACGGAACACCUACCACGCGACCCGCAAGUCGAUUCCUCGAUGACCAUGGCUGAGCGAGACGGUUCGCCCAUGUCCACAUCGUCCAUGCUGUCCAACAACGCGGUCCAGCACCCCGGCGUCCGCGCCACGUCCAGCGCGUCGCCGCCCAUCUCGACACCGCCCACCAGUCUCGACGACGCUGCUAGCGUGAUGUCCGAAAUAACGAAGCUGGAGCAGACGACGGAACUGUAUGAGGACGCAUCGGUCAGUCCAGCAGCCGACGCGCAGGCUGGUGCGCCACUUCCAGCUCGCGACACCCCAAACACGCAGGGUCAUCGGCCUUCUCGGAGCUCGCGCAAGUCGGUGGUCACGUACAAUGUCCAGAUCCUUGCUGGCACCGCAAUCCAUACGCCCACGAAGUACCUCGAAAAGCACCACACAAAUGUCCUGCACGGGUCGCUCGAGGCACUGGCUCCAAAAAGCAACGACACACCAGCGAAGAGGAGGACACCGAAGCCGAGAGUCAACGCAAACAAUGCCACUGACUCUGCAGAAGAACAACUCGCGGUCGAGACUGCGCAAGCGCUGCGUCGUCGCACUUCUUCGCGGGGCACAGACCUCCGCAAGGAGGCUCUGCGUAACAGUACUGGAGUUGGUGAAGCUGCAACAACCUCGUUUGCUGGAGGCGAGUCACUUGUCCAUAAGGCUCUCCGAAGGAGCGCAUCAGACUCGCACCUUAAAUACAUUACAGCCUCCGCCAGUCCAUCCUCAUCGCGUCGUCCACGAACAGCAACAGACACUCCUGAUGAGGACGCUACAGACACGAACUCGGAGCAAAGACAGUAUCUCAAGCCCAAAACCAAGGCCUGGCUAAAGCAGGGCCUGUAUGUCGGUCAACAUCGCGACUUCGACGCUCGGUUGUCGGAAACGCAGAAUCGCGCGAAGAGGAGGGCCAGGAAGCAAAAGGAACGUGACAUGCUUCCUCUUCCAAUGUUUGCUGGUGGUCGUAUGCUAGAUGAGGAUCCUCAUCAUGUGUAUCGGCAGUUUAAGCUCCCCUUCGACACAUAUAAUCCUCUGCCUAGAAAGGUCAAAGUGGAUGGUUGGGUGAAGCUUUCCAAGAAUCGCUUCAUUGGUGAUGCGUCUGCUUUAUGGAAGCGUGACAAGCAAGACUCCUCUCAAUGCUAUUGCGAUCCUGAGGACGGAUGCGGAGAGGCUUGCCACAACCGCAUUAUGGCAUACGAGUGUGACAGUACCAACUGUAGACUGACUCCAGAGGAAUGCGGAAAUCGUCCAUUUGCUGAGCUCAAACGACGAGGCAAAGGAAAUGGUUAUGAUUACGGCGUCGAAGUCAUGGAGACUGAGGGCCGUGGAUACGGAGUUCGAGCCAUGAGGACCUUCCAACCCCAUCAGAUCAUCGUCGAGUACGCUGGUGAGAUCAUCACUCAGUCUGAGUGUGAGAGGCGCAUGAAGCAGGUUUACAAGAAGGACAAGUGUUACUAUCUUAUGAGCUUCGACAACAAAAUGAUUAUCGAUGCUACGCGAGGUACAAUCGCAAGAUUUGUCAAUCACUCCUGCGAGCCCAACUGCGAGAUGAUUAAGUGGACCGUUGGUGGAGAGCCAAGAAUGGCCCUCUUUGCCGGUUCGCGCGGAGUCAUGACUGGCGAAGAGCUGACCUAUGACUAUAAUUUCGACCCAUUCUCCCAAAAGAAUAUCCAGGAAUGUCGCUGCGGUACCGAGUCUUGCCGAGGUGUCCUUGGUCCAAAGCCGAAGAAGCCGGUUGAGGAGAGAUCGAUCGCCUCUGCUCUCAUUGCUGGUACCAAGCGCAAGCUGCAAGACUUCCUGGGCUCGGCUCGUGCCAGAUCAGAGAGUACCGCCGAUUCUCCUAGGAAGCGAAAGAUGAUCACCGGAUUCCCGAAGGCAAGAACGCAGGAUGACGCAACGAGAGUCGCUCGCGAACAAGCCGAAAUUGAUGCAGCGGAGCACUCCAGGCAAAUUGCAUCUCGCGAGAACCGUGCCAUGAAACGAUCUUCCGCUUUGGCUGUUCCCAAACGAUUACGUCCAGUUGUAAUGAGACGCACGGCUAAUGGUUCGCUGAAGUCAACAAGGACCACUACUGUCAAUCUGCAGCGAAAAGUCACAAAGCCAGGUGCCUUGAAGGCUGUCAACAAGUCUACGCGUAUGUACACCACUUCGCGACGUGCGAGUGCAGCAGUGAGUGGCCGGAGAGGUGUACCGCCCUCAAAAAGACCUAGCACCCCUACUCCAGACUCAGAGGUUGAAGAGGAUGAAUCGGAUGAGGAUGCAUCUCCGAACAUCACGCCAGCGUCACUUCGUAGUGCGUCAAAGGACGGCAGAAAGCGUGUCCUCAACUUUGAGUCCGACUCGCAGCCCUCGCCACCUCGAUCGAAUACAAAACGUGGUGAGGCAGCACGUGCUACUGUUACAAACAGACUCAGAUCCACGCAACAGAAGCUCGCUGUCAACCCACGUAGCUUGCAUGACACCGGUGCGGGUGUCAAGAAUUCAUAUCACCCCGCACAAAACAGGCAACGGACUGUGAGAGGCAGGUGAGUCCAUGAACUCUUGGCGACUGUUCCUACCCAAGCAUCUUCGUUGAACUAAGCUGAUGGUGUUGAUCCCUCGCCGUGAUAGCCUGCAAUGCCAGGUUGUGGUUAUUUACCUCCUACAGCUCGCUCCUGGGUGCCAAGCGAGUCUGAUGACUACUUGGAACCGACGAUACUGUCUGAAUUAAUAUUUUCUACCGCGUAACAUUAUCAUACUUUAACCUGCUUUCUCUAUUGAGAGGCAUUUUGCUUGAUAUACUGUAAGCACACCAGAAAAUUAAGGUGAUCUACUCGUGAUACAUCCAUCCCAUGUGUUCAAC